UUACGUUCUUUAUUUCCAGAACCCAAAUGAGAGAAAAUUGAUUCAGAAUAUCGAAUCCAAAUUUUAAAAGUUUUAUUUGAUGUAGUUCUAACGAUUCCCAACACUCAAACAAUUAGAAAAAAAUCUAUUGGAAUAAAAGAAAUUAGUAAAAAAGUUCCUCGAUGGUCAUACAAAUCAAUGUCUGAUUUAAAAAAAAAGGAAAGCGAAACCGAAGAAAACGUGGCGGACGGUCCUGUAAUUAGUACAAGAAACGUCAAACGGAUAUUGAUUUUUACUUAUACUAAUAACAAAUAUAAUAAGAAUCUUGAGCCAAAAAAGGAAGUAAAGUUGAGACGCUAUUCGUACAAAUCGGAUUUUCGUCGAGAACUAAUCAAAGGCUCCAUGCGCGCACAAAGACGCAAAACCGUUACUUGGGAAUUUUUUCAAGCAAAUACCCAUUCACCCCUUUUUUUGGACAGAAUAAAGAAACUCUUUUAUUUUUCUUUUGAGAUUUUCGGACCGAUCAACGGAAUUUUUCGAAUUUUUAGAAAUUGGAUGUGGAAACAAAAAGACCAAAAACAGUCUGAUUAUACAAACGAAAUGAAAAAUAAAAUUGAUAAAAAAGAAGAAUACAAAAGAAAAGAAAAAGGACGGAUGAAAAUAGCAGAAGCCUGGGAUAGCUUUUUCCUUUCUCAAGUAAUAAGAAGGUUUCUAUUAUUAACUCAGUCGAUUCUUAGAAAAUAUAUUAUAUUACCUUCAUUGAUAAUAGCUAAAAAUCUUGCUCGCAUACUAUUAUUUGAAUGGCCCGAGUGGUCCCAGGAUUUAAAGGAUUGGAAAAAGGAAAUGCAUGUUAAAUGCACCUAUAAUGGUAUUCAAUUAUCCGAAACAGAAUUUCCGUACAACUAGUUAACAGACAGUAUUCAAAUAAAGAUCCUAUUUCCUUUUUCCCUAAAAUCCCAGCGCAGAUCUAAGCUACAAUCCCUUCAUAAGGAUUCAUUGAAAAAAAUAAAAGGACAAGAAAGUGAUUUUUGUUUUUUAACAGUUUUGGGAAUGGAAACUGAAUUUCCUUUUGGUUCUCCCCGAAAACAACGUUCAUUUUUUGAACCCGUUUUGCAAGAAUUCAAAAAAAAAAUUCGAAAAUGGAAAACCAAGUCUUUUAUAGUUUUAAGAAUUUUAAAAGAAAGAACAAAAAUUUUCCGAAAAGUGGCAAAAGAAACAAACAAAUGGGUCAUCAAAAGCAUUCGAUUUCUAAAAGGAAGAAUAAAAAAACUUUCAAAAAGAAAGCCAAUUCAAUUAGUUAUAUUGGGAGAAAUGAGAGAAAUAGAGGAUUUGGGUGAAAUUAAAAAAGAUUCGAUAACAAUAAUCGGGAAUCAUACAAUUAACAAAUUGUCUAUUCAAAUUCGAUCUAUGCAUUGGACAAAUUUCUCACUAACAGAAAAACAAAUGAAAGAUCUAAGUAAUAGAACAAACAUAAUCAGAAACCAAAUAGAAAAAAUUACAAAAGAGAAGAAAAAAGGAUUGCUAACUCAAGAAAUAAAUAUUAGUUCUACCAAAAUAAGUUAUCGUGCUAAAAUAUUAGAAUCAUCAAAACGGAUUUGGCAGAUAUUAAAAAGAAGAAAUACUCGAUUAAUCCGUAAAUCAUAUUUUUUUAUAAAAUUUUUGAUUGAAAGGGUAUACAUAAACCUUUUUUUAUCUAUACUUAAUAUUCCAAGAAUGAAUGCAAAAUUUUUUUUUGAAUCAACAAAAAAAAUUCAAAUUCAAAAUGUCCACAAUAAUGAAGCAAAUCAGGAAAAAAUUAAUAAACCAACUAAAAAUACAAUUCACUUUCUUUCGACUCUAAAAAAAUCACUUUAUAAGAUUAGUAAUAAUAAUAAGAAUUCAAAGAUUUUUUGGGAUUUAUCUUCUUUCUCACAAUCACAAGCAUAUGUAUUUUACAAAUUAUCACAAACCCAAGUUAUUAACUUUUCUAAUUUAAGAUCUGUCCUUCAAUAUCACGGAACAUCUCUUUUUCUUAAGAAUGAACUAAAAGAUUGUUUUGAAAAAAAAGGAAUAUUUCAGUACGAAUUAAGACAUAAACCUUUUUGGAAGUUUGGAAUGAAUGAAUGGAAAACCUGGUUAAGUAGUCAUUAUCAAUACGAUUUACCUAGGAUUAGAUGGACUAAAUUAGUACCACAAAAAUGGCGAAAUCGAGCGAAUCAAGACUGUAUGACUCAAAAUAAAGAUUUAAACAAAAAAGAUUCAUAUGAAAAAAACAGAUUAACUCAUUACCAAAAAGAAAAACAAAAUCUUUUUGAAGCGGACCCAUUACAGAAUCAAAAAUCAAAUUUUCAAAAAUACUAUAGAUAUGAUAUUUUAUCAUAUAAAUCUAUUAAUUAUGACGAUAAGAAAGACUUGUCUAUUGAUAGAUCACUAGUCCAAGAAAGUUUUUAUAAUUACAACACAGGGAAAGGGUUAUAA